UGCGGGCUGUUAAAAUUGCCACACAUCCAAUACAAUAACUAUACAUAUAAUAGCUACUUAAGAAUUUUUUUUUUAUCCAACUAUAUUUGUUUGUAAUUUAUUUAUAAGAGUACUUAGGUAAAUACUUAAUAACAAAGUACCGAUAUGUCUUCUUGAGUGAGUGGUAAUACGAUUGCUACUUAUUUAAUUUUUUAUACUUUUCGUACGAUGACGUGCCAUGUUGUCUAAUUCGCUGUUAUCAAGUAAUUACAGUGUCCUUGUAAGAAAGUAUUUAACAACAGUGAAUUUUAAUAAAAUUCAUCGGAAAAUUAUCAAGUGCAAUGAUAAUAUUUUGAUUUAUUUAACAUCAUAACAGACGUUAUGAGGAGUUAUCGUGAGUUGAUCUACAAAUAUUACGAAAUAUUUAAAAUGAACGUGUAGGAAUUUUUCGCAAUAUGGAAAAUCGUGGCUACCGGAAUCAAGUAAAUAAUCAACAAUCAUUUUGGAAAAAAAAUGCGCGAGCUGUUCCAGGAAGGCCGAGUUUGAAGCAAGACAACCGCCAACUAAAAAUGUCCAGCGCGAGUAACUUGCCAGGUGGCAAUGGAGGAGCGAUUGGUGCUGGCAGCAGUGCAGCUUCGUUCCGAGACUUCCAGGAGAGUGUCGACGACGCCUGGGACUCUGGAGAUGACGAGUUUUGCAUGGUUUCCGACGUAAAAAUAUCCAAACGCGUGAGUCAGUUCGCUGCGAUGAGCGUGAUUAACAGUCACCGCAGCGGCGAGGGUCGUAGUGACAACAAUUUAGCGAUUCAAGACUACCAAGUGAGGAAAACUCAGGAAAUAAUACCAGAAGAAAAAAGAAUGGAGGCGUUGCAGCGACUUGCUGUCCAACCGCUCCAUCUUCGUAAUGACCGCACCAACACGACUGUCGUGUGCCCAAGCAGUCGCAGUAGAUGCAACAAUUUACAAACAGGAACAGACACUCAGGUUAAAGAAAAAAUGGUAUGCUCGCCUUAUCGAGGUAACUCACAUUACCCAGGUAGACCUCAAGCUUUCAGACCGUCCUCGACGCCUUCUAGAUAUUUUGUACCAUUUAAGGAGCAAGACGGUGAAAGUAAAGUGGAUAAAUUUCAAAGUCUCUUGGACGCUUCGCUUCUUAAUUUAGACGAGUUACGGCAAUUGUCCUGGUCUGGAGUACCAGCCAAGUUACGGUCUAUUAUUUGGAGACUUUUAUCGGAAUAUUUGCCGGCUAAUUUGGAGAGACGUCAACAAGUACUGGAGCGUAAACGCUUGGAUUACUUGAGCCUCGUGAAGCAGUACUAUGACGUUGAAAGAGAUGAAGCUUUUCAAGAUACAUAUCGACAAAUUCAUAUUGAUAUCCCCCGAAUGUCUCCUCUGAUUUCGUUGUUCCAACAGAAGACCGUGCAACUGAUAUUCGAGAGGAUACUAUACAUAUGGGCGAUACGACACCCCGCGUCUGGUUAUGUCCAGGGCAUGAAUGACCUGGUAACACCAUUCUUCCUGGUUUUUCUGCAAGAAGCCCUGCCGGUUUCCGCUUGGCAAGACCUUGAGAAUUACGAUGUAGCCUCGCUGGACCAAAAACAAAGAGAUAUUAUUGAAGCUGACAGCUUUUGGUGCCUAUCCAAGUUUCUAGAUGGUAUUCAAGAUAAUUAUAUCUUUGCUCAAUUAGGUAUUCAACACAAAGUUAACCAACUAAAAGAACUCAUACAGAGAAUCGAUGCGCCGCUUCAUCAACAUUUACACCAACACGGCGUUGAUUAUCUCCAAUUUUCGUUUAGAUGGAUGAAUAAUUUAUUAACCAGAGAAAUACCUCUUCAUUGUACAAUACGACUUUGGGACACAUAUCUCGCCGAGUCAGAUCGCUUUGCAUCCUUUCAAUUGUACGUUUGUGCGGCUUUUCUUCUCAGAUGGAGGCGUCAUCUUCUCGCGCAACCCGAUUUUCAAGGCUUAAUGUUGAUGUUACAAAAUUUACCGACCCAAAACUGGACCGAUUCCGAGAUAGGCGUUCUCGUAGCAGAAGCUUAUAAAUUAAAGUUCACUUUUGCCGACGCACCGAACCAUCUUCAGGCCCACGAUGCCAGGUGACCAACUCUCAAUACGUACUCAGUUGAUCUGAGCGAUAAAGCAGUCGUAUUGGCCAAGUAAAUAUCGAAAAUAAAAUAUCAUCACCGUAAAUAUCAUAUAUUUGUGUUUCUUCCGAUUCGGAUAGUCAACUAGCCAAUCGUUAUUAAUUUCGUGCCGUCAUAAUAAUUUUUUUAAAGAGAGCAGAGUUUUUAUUAAUUAUUAUUAUUAUCAUUAUUACUAUAUCAUCUAUCGCCGUUUUUUAUAUUAUGCGUAAAAUUGGAUAAUGAAUUUGAUAUAUCAGUCCAAAUGUGUUAUAUUUUUAUGUAUAAUCUAUGUAAUUAUAAAAUAUUUUAUAAUUACCGUGAUUAUAUACUAUAUAUGUAAAUCAAUAAAUGAUAUUGUCGUUAUUGUAUUAUUAAUAUACAAACAA